AUGGGUAUUACUCAUGCUGACAACAAUGAGCCUCCUGAAGUCCGUAACUGGACCAUCCAUUGGGUUGCCAUUGUCGCUUCAAUGGCUGCCCUAGCUCUGGGUUACGACACUGCUGUCAUCGGUGGAACCAUGGCCCUCGACUCGUUUGUCCGAGACUUUGGACUCGAAGGCAUGUCUGACCAUGACCGGGAUGACACCCAGGCGAAUAUCGUGUCAACCUUCCAACUCGGCGCAUUUCUCGGAGCAUUCUGCACGUUUCCCAUUGCUGAAAAAGUCGGCCGUCGUAAAGCCGUCCUGUUUGCAUGCUUGGUCUUCAUGCUGGGCGCCUCGCUCAUGACUGCCUCGCGAGGACACGUAGGCAUGAUCAUCGCCGGACGAGCCAUUGGCGGCUUUGGUAUCGGAUCCGCCACCCUCACCGUUCCAGUCUACAUUGCCGAGGUCGCACCUCCCAGUAUUCGAGGCCGCUUGGUGGGCAUCUUUGAAGUGACGUCUCAAACCGGUUCCAUGCUUGGCUUCUGGAUCAACUAUGCAACAGACCGCACCAUCGACGUCAAGUACUCCGCGCAGUGGAUCGUGCCGCUGGGGCUCCAGCUUCUGCCCGUGACGUUCUUGGCCUGCGGUAUCUUCUUCUGUCCCGAAUCUCCCCGUUGGCUGGCUCGAAAGGAUCGAUUCGACGAGACAGAAAAGGUCCUCGUAUAUCUACGUGGACUGCCGUCUGACCACCCGUUCAUUAUGAACGAAAUGGCAGAGAUUCGCCAACAGGUCGAGCAGAGAAGCACAGUCCGGCUGAGCAAGAUGGAACAGCUCAAGAAGCUUACAGCCAAGGGCACCCGCAACAGAGUUGGCGUUGGCGCUUUUCUCAUGUUCUUGCAGAGCUUCACCGGGGUCAACAUCAUGACCUACUACUCUCCCCGCAUAUUUGAGUCUCUCGGUGUGGUUGGCACGACCACCAAACUAUUCAGUACCGGUAUCUACGGCGUCGCAAAGAUGCUCGGCAUGGUCGUGUUUACGCUCUUCGUCGUGGAAGGCUUGGGUCGUCGCAAAGGUUUGAUCUAUGGAGCACUGCUUGGAUGUCUGCCGCUCUGGUAUGUUGGCGGCUAUGUCUUCAAGGCGGAUCCCGCCACAGCAGCUGCCGCUGGUGUCAUCAAUCGAGACGGAUGGAGCUACUUUGCCAUGGUCUGUAUUUACCUCAACGCCUUCAUCAUCUGUGCCACCUGGCAGGGGAUCACCUGGACUUAUGCUGCCGAGAUCUUCCCUCUGGACAUACGCAUGCUCUGUGUCGCGCUCACCACGGCCAGCACCUGGAUCGGCUCUUUUUUUAUUGCCCGCGUCACGCCUUUUAUGAUCACUGGUUUGGGAUACGGUACCUACUUUGUGUUUGGCGGAGUUGUGAUAUUGAUGGGUAUCUGGGCGUUCUUCUUUGUUCCAGAAACAAGAGGUCUAUCUCUGGAGGCUAUGGAUGCCCUGUUCAUGCAACCCACUCAUAAGGCUGUCUGGAAACAACUCAGAGGAAAGCCCAUUAUUCCAAAUGAGACCAGAUCUGACAAUGACUCAAUCAAGGGAGAGAAAAGGGAAAUCGAAAAUGUGGUGUAG